GAGCUUCAACCUCCUUGUACCACCACAACUUCCAUUGUCCAUUUUACUUGACAACUCGACGGCUUUCGCAAUUUCUUCAUCUUGUUUUCUCCCGCCCGUCGCCAUAUUGAGCGCAAUAAUUCCAUCCAUCCACACGCCAACCGGCUCGCAAUCGGCACCAAUUGGAGCCAUUCAUAUUCCACUCGACUCAUCCAUCUAUCGUACGCCUUAGUGAAAGCCUUAUUCGCAAUCAUGUCUUCUGCUUGAAAUCUAGUACCCACUUCACGCAUCUCCCCCCCCCUCCAACAACCACCUUCUUUCCCACUUCACUGCCUGGGAGGAUACCCAAUACGGACCUCCAUCUCCUGGGUCCCAUACUAUAUCGAGAGAUUGCAAAACUCUAGAACCCUCGAAUAUUUUACUAGAUCAUACUACGAUGGAUGCCCAAGUUAUGUGGUAUCGUGGAACCGCUUUAUUUACCAUCUAGAAUCACGAUUGUUGAUGUGUGAGACUUGAGUAGGAGCAUUAUCUUUCUGCAAAUACCAGCGCAUCUUGCAUUUGCUGCUGAACCGACAGCGUGCUACGAUUCAACAUCUACGUCAGCAAUUAUCAUAUAAUGCAUCAACAUCCUCGUCCUUCACCUAGGACGGCCUCACCAGCCUCGUCACCACAAACAAAUCCAACUCGCACAAACAACCCUAGAGAAGAAGGUCGAUCUGCCCAUUCGAGAACACUAUCAGAUAUGCCACAUUAUCAAGAAGCAGACGAUGCAGGUGGAGAUGGUGGAUCCAUGGUUGCUACUGGCCCAAGUCGAGAAGCGGUCAAGAGAAUGGAUCAAAUCAUUUCAAAUUUCCACACGAAAGCUGCAAUCAUCUUACUAGGAUCAAGAGUAGGACUUCCUGUAGUCCUCAACAGAGAUGGGACCGUGAAAGUGAGCAAAUGGUUUCAAAUCGAAACCGAUGAUACCGAUGCAUACCGAGAUGAACUCAACACAUGGCGUACGUGCGGUGGCUUCCAAAACCGACCACCACCACUUAUAAUAGAAACAUACAUCGAUACUUCCCACUUGACGAAAAGUCAAAGGUUGGUUAUCGUAGAUGAUUUGGGAAAGCGAUGGGAUGCUUUGGAUGCUCUGAGUGAUUCUAGUAGUUCCGAUGAUGAACGUAGCGAAGUCAUACUAGAACGUUGGAGAGUUGAGCUCGGAGAUAUUCCUGGAGAGCAGCCCAAUAAUUUUGCUCCUACCCUACCCCUUCUCUACAAACAGUGUGUUGUUUUCUUUCGCGCAUUGUAUUCAGCAUCCAAAUUAUUGCCGGCCCAGAAAUUCAAAAAGAACAUUGGAAAGAGUGGAGCGCCAACAAAUUCAUUGAUUGUUAAUUGUCGUAUCACAACCGGUAAUACUCAACCACGUCGAAUCGAUGGCCUUAAGCAACCUAUAUUCGACCACAGUGGUCCAGUUACCUCGACGCAUAACCUUGGAACCACUGAAACUCCAGCCGGUCCUAUUUUCGCCGAAGUAACAUAUCGAAAUGAUUGUAACUUUCGUGUUGAUGAUUCUGAAUCUCUUCUCAGCUCUCGAUUCAUGGGUGCCGACGAACAUUUCUUCACUCCUUCAUUGGCCGCGAGAGGUGAUUUAAGUCGUCGAAGGUCAACGAAGCAGCCUGAAAUUGGCUCACUUCCAGCACACAAACAACUUACAGAUGAUUCGGGUCCAAUUCAAACAUAUGGAAGUUUAUCAACAUUCCAUGGAAACGCUCCUCCAAGAGGCUCGAGUCCAAUAUCCGCCUUGAGAGCUCAGAGACCCAUAGGAUCAGACACAAGUUCCCCGCCGAUGGGAUCGUUACCACAAUCACGACCAUUACUCGCAUCGAAAGGUUCUAUAAAGUCAUUGGAAGGUAUCGCGAUGGCGAGAAGACCAUCAUUGUCGUUUCAACCAUUCAAAGCCGGUUCACUAUCUUCUUCCCCCAGCCGUGCCACUUAUGCUGGUGAGACUUUACCUGCAUCUCCAGGAUCCUUACCGAGAGCAUCGGGAAUUAGUGCACUUGCACAAGCAAGAAACCGUUCAUCUCUCAUAGCUGGAAUGCCAGCUACUUUGAGAGGUGGCCCAAUGGCCGCAGAUAAUGUUGUCCCGACAUCAGUCUCGAGCUCACCAAAACCUGCUCCCAUUCGAUACAGCAGUAGUUUUAGUCAUCGUCGUGGCAGAUCAUCUUAUGGAGGGGCUAGUAAAACGGUAGAAGAUGAUCAAGGUAGCAGUGGUAAACAAAGCCUCUCAUCUUCUGUGCAGCCAGGCUCUGGAAUCCUUGCAGAAGCGGGAACAGGUGGUAGUUCUGGAUCUUUACAAACCGAUGAUGACAACAUAUCAGACUUUUUGAAACUUUUGGAGAGUAAGAAAACUUUGCAAAGUUUCGAGCCUUCAGGAGAAGCAUCGAAGAAGAGAGCCACUGCACAAUUAUCCCGAUUUCAAUCAAUGCGCGAUUCACAUAAUGCUUUAACAGAUUCCAUGGCUUCAUCAACAAUGCUACAAAGAUCAUCAAGUUCUUCGAGUCGACAAUUAUCCAGUGUACCUCCUAUGGUUGCUGCUACCUCAAUUUCGGCAGGAUCAUCCCCUGGUAAACCCAUCUCACCACACACACCUCAUACUCCCGCCAUUCCUUCACGAUUAAGCGCAAAUUCAAUAGCUGAGUAUGAUCAACCACGAAGACCAAGUCGACGAAGUAGGACUUCCGAGGCAAGAUUAGAUGAUGUGGAAGAUGAUGAUCUCCCAAAUGAUGCUGGAACAAAUGCUAUUGAUAUUCCUACCUCACCUAGACCAUAUUACCCUCACGCUCGAAGGUCAAGUUCUGUUGCCCAACAACAUAGAUCCUUGGCAAUUGAUGAAGAGUUGGGUGAUCUUCCAUUUGGGGUGCAUAGAAGUAUAAGCUUAGGAGCCGAUGAUCGCGAGCCACCAAGUUUAAGUACCCUUUUGAAUAUUGGGCAAGCAUCUGAAGAGGUAGAAUCACCAACUGGACAAUCUUCAUCCCAACUUCAACCUGCUCCUCGAAUUUCCGAAGGUACUACAGCCAUGUCUCGUCAAACUUCAUCGUCUCUGGAAGCUCAUGAUUCAGAUGUUCCUCAACCUUCUCGAUUUGGUGGUCCAGGUUCUGCAAAUUCACCAUACCGACCACGUAUUGGUAAAACUGGCGGACGUGGAGUCACUCCACCACAAACCGGCUCUUUCUCUAGCCUCUUAGUAGACAGAGGAAGUGGAAGUGGUAGCGAACGAGCCAGUGGUGGCAGAUAUAGUUUUAGCAGGGGUCAAUAUGAACCAGAUGAUGAGCCAUUACUCUUUGAUAUGAGUGAGAUUGGACGAGAUCGAAGAAGCAUCGACGAAGCUAGAGGAUACGAAGCAAGUAGAGGAGGUGAUUCUGGCUCAAGUAGUCGAAGAGGUAGUCGAUGGGGUCGGUAAUUCAUUUCAACAUACGAAGCGAAUAUGGAGACCGGAUGCUCCAACAAAUUACGUUUCGAAUUAUUGAUGCAUGAUACGUCAUUUACGAUACGAUUAUAAGAUAUGUUGUAUAGUUUGGAGACACAUAGCGAAGUGCGCGUUGAUUUUUAUUUAUUUUUAUAAUCAUCGGAUGGAGUUGAAGGUUUAUUGAAUCCUUUCCAUCACAAUUGUUUUUUAUCGGAUUGAUCCUUCACAGGAUGUCAAAUGAGCACAUUUGAUCUUCUCUUUUGCUUUUUUUGGCGCAUCUCGUCUUGUAUUUAUUUAUUUAUCCUGAGAGGUGCUUUGGGAACAAGGGGAGGAUGGGUCAUAAAUUGAAUGGAUGGAUAGGUAGUUUAGUGCGCAUGGUUGGAUUUGAUACCUUGGUGUUCUUAAGAGUUGAUGGAUAGGUAUGGGAGGGUGGUCAAUGGAUAUGGAGUGUGUAGGGCCCUUGAGGAAUACAUAUUAUCAAUUAACCACCUACAUAUAUCUAUAUUAUGAAGAAAGACACUCUACUCUACUUUUACCCGAGUUCUCUCUAGAAAAUUAAAAAGAUGAUAAUUUUGAUGACGACA